AUGACUGCUAAACUGAAAAAGCUAAAACAGAAUACACAUUAUUAGUCACUCUCUCUCUCUCUCAAUUUGGGAGUACAUUAAUGGAGAUUCACUCCCUACAAUCGUCCACCGUAACUAGAAUACCUUCCGCUCUAACCCCCUUUUUUUUGAGAGAGAAACCAUUUUUAAGUGGUCAGGUUAUCAAAAUUCCCAAUUCCAAGAGGCACCUAUAUGGCAGAACCAUCAAACUUCUUGAUUUCAGAGUUCAAGCUUCAGGCACAACAAAAUUUAGCUCAGAGGCAACUGAAGGAAUUACAAAAGAUGCGAAUUUAAAAGUUGAGGAUCUUGUAUUUGUUGCUGGUGGCACUGGUAGAGUUGGGUCGCGUACCGUAAGGGAGCUUUUGAAACUGGGAUUCAGAGUUAGAGCUGGUGUUCGGAGUGCUCAGAGAGCUGAAUCUCUUGUGCAAAGUGUUCAACAGAUGAAGUUUGGAAUUGAAGUUACAAGUGAAGGAAGUAAACCUACAGAGAAGCUUGAAAUUGUAGAGUGUGACUUGGAGAAGCAGGAUCAGAUUGGUCCAGCAUUAGGCAAUUCAUCCAUCAUUAUAUGCUGUAUUGGUGCUAGUGAGAAGGAGGUUUUUGAUAUUACUGGACCAUAUCGAAUUGACUAUCAAGCUACAAAAAACCUUAUUGAUGCAGCAACUGUUGCAAAGGUGAACCACUUUAUUUUGCUUACAUCAUUGGGAACUAACAAGGUUGGAUUUCCUGCGGCUAUUUUAAAUUUGUUUUGGGGAGUCCUGAUCUGGAAAAGGAAGGCAGAAGAAGCACUGCUAGCCAGUGGUCUCCCAUACACUAUUGUGAGACCUGGAGGGAUGGAGCGUCCUACUGAUGCCUACAAGGAAACUCACAAUGUCACUCUCUCAGAAGAAGAUACUUUAUUUGGUGGUCAAGUGUCAAACCUUCAGGUGGCAGAACUAAUGGCAUUUAUGGCCAAAAACCGAAGCCUUUCAUAUUGUAAAGUGGUGGAAGUAAUUGCAGAAACAACUGCGCCAUUGACUCCCAUGGGAGAACUCCUUGUGAAGAUACCAUCCCAACGUGCUGAAGCUUACCCACUGAAGGAAUCCUUUGCUGCAGAUGGGCCUGGGCCUGCAGUUUCUAAGGGCGUUGCAUCUGAGACGCCAAGCACUCCUAUCAAGAAAGAACCUGCCAAUGUAAAAGCAGUUCCAACAAGGCCACUCUCUCCAUAUAUUGUAUACGAUGACCUCAAGCCCCCAACAUCACCAUCUCCUAAUGCACCAACCUUUUCACUCCCGUCAAUGUCUACCUUGGACGGUGGAUCUCAGAUAGCUACUGUGUCGGGAAACAGCACAGCUCAUACUGCGUCUGCCGAUAAGCCAGGGGAUGAACAGCAUUCUAAUGAAGCAAAAGGGAGGCCACUUUCACCUUUUACUAUGUACGAGGACAUGAAGCCUCCAACUUCUCCAAUGCCGUCACCAAGGAAAUGAUUAAAAGCACUCCUUAAUUCUGGCAGGUAUAUAUGUUCAAAUUCUUUCGUGGGAUUUAAAGCCUCUGAAGGAAUCGGACUACAUAAUCAUAUCAGAAAAAUAGCAAUAUUUGAGGAUAUUGCAUUAUGUGAUUGUGCGGCAAAUUUACUCUGUAAUUCACAAGAGGCAGGCAACUGAAAAUGUGGGAAAAUUUUCUAUGUAUACUUAUAUAAUUUAAUUUGUAGUUCAUGCAUGUUAUCCAAUUAAAACUUGCAUAUGAAACUAUAGCAAUUUGAAUUUGAAUUUGAUUUUGUGGAAUGAGAAUGAUAUGACUUGUUUCUUUCGUGUGAA